AUGAAAGCGACACAUUUAUAUUUGUUGUUGCAAGUUUUUCUGUCAGCCAGUGUUCUGGUUCACACGUUCGCUCCGUUAAAUCUGGCUGUAGGGGUCGGUGCUCUUCUGUGGCGGAAGAUUGACAGUUAUUUACAUGAAACUUGCCAUCCUAAAUGGAUAGCUCUCGAUGCAACAGGUCUCCAGGUUGACCUGGGAAAUAAAAUGUUUGGACAGCACAUUGCGUCGCGCAUCAUCCUGCAAGCUGUGAACGAAUUCAUGACCAACGACAACCCGAAGAAGCCCCUGGUGCUCUCUCUGCACGGAUCGUCCGGCACAGGGAAGAACUUUGUCAGUCAGCUGAUUGCUGAUAACAUUUACAAAGAGGGAAUGGACAGCAACUUUGUUCAUAUGUUCACAUCUACACUUCACUUCCCACAUUCAAGUCAUUUGGACACCUACAAGUCUCAGCUACAGCAGUGGAUCAAAGGCAAUGUCAGCAACUGUGCACAGUCCAUGUUCAUCUUUGAUGAGAUGGACAAGAUGCAUCCCAGCUUGAUUGAUAGCAUAAAGCCGUAUCUGGACUACUACCACAAGCUGGAUGGAGUUUCUUAUCGGAAAGCCAUCUUCAUCUUCCUCAGUAAUGCUGGAGGGGAGAUCAUCGCACAGACGGCUUUAGAUUUCUGGAAAGCAGGACGAGAUCGAGAAAAGAUCGAGCUGAAAGACCUGGAAACAUUGCUCUCUCUAGAAGCGUUCAACAACAAGAAAAGUGGCUUGUCGCAUUCGAGUUUGAUUGACAAUAACCUGGUGGACUUUUUCGUCCCGUUUCUGCCCCUGGAGUACCGACACGUCGUCCAGUGUGUCAUGGCCGAGAUGAAAGCCAGAGGACUUCGGCCAGACCGCGGUGUGGCAGACCGGCUGGCGAAAGAUGUCGUCUAUUUUCCCAAAUCUGAGAGAGUUUUCUCUUCACAAGGCUGCAAGACGAUAGAAAAGAAGCUGAAAUUCUACCUAUAAUGUCAGCAUCUGAUGGCCGCUGUGUUCGAGCACUUUAAAACAAGAAAAGAAAAGAAAAACCUCUCAGCCAAAUGACUAAAGAGAGGAAGUGAAGGGUGGAGGGGUGUAGAUAAAGCACAUUUAAAACAUUUUUUGUUAUCUACAAACAAUUUCCCGACCCCCCUGCAGUACCUAUUGGAUCUAUAAAUGCAUAAAUUGUUACAGUAACUUUAUUCCGGAGCAUGCAAUGCUGUGCGUCUGAUUCCAAAAUGGAGACCGGCCUCUAAGCGUUCGAUUGACACCUCAUUUGAGCCAAUAGGAGCUUCCAUGCCUUAUCUACAGCCUUCAAUAGCCAAUGAGUGUCAACUUGAUAAGGAAGUGCCAGCCCCUCUUCUUUUGUUUACAGACCAAGCCAAUAGCAACCGAGUCUCCCGAUGACUGGCGUAUCGUGUAGCCAAUGAAACGCUGAAGAUUUAGACAUAUCAGUUCAAUAGGUUUUAUUUUACAAAUGUUAUUAUUUUUUUCAUAAUUGUAUUUUAUUAUAUUCAAAAUACAAAAAACCCCACAAAUAUAUUACAAGAAAUGUGUUUAUACUUCACUUACUUUGUGUCAUUACUACU